UGAGAUUAAAUAAUCCUAACAUUUAGGUAAUGUCGUCGUUGUCAUCGUUAGUGAUUCAUAUGACUUGAAUAAAUUUUUCAUUUUGGACGAUUCCAAAAUUUUGCAUCGAUCUGUUUUUCGCUUAAUCAUUCCUUUUUCUCUUUCGAAUGAUUGAUAUCGAUACUAAUUGAUUUGAUUUGAUUUUUCCUCGUUCAUUUGUGAUCACCAACAUAUACGCACACACACACACACACAUAUCCCUUUGAUUUUAAUCAAUCAAUCAAAAUUUGGGACACUUGAUCGAUCAUUAACUUUAUCUUUUUCUAAUUUGAUAAAAAGAGAAAAUUUGAUUUUCAGAAAAAAAAAUUUUUCCAUUUAAUUUUGUUUUAUCAAAAGAAAAACUAAACGAAAAAUGCAAACAUACGCUACACCAUCACAAUCAAAAUUAUCGUGUUCGAACCACCACCACCACGCUCAUCAUCAUCGUAGUGUAUCCCUUUGUAAUUAUGAUGAAUUAUUAUGUCGUACACGUAAACGUAGUGAAAUAAAUUCAGAUUUAAUUCAACGUAAAAUGAUUCCAAUAACUGGUGGUCAACCAUUAGAAUGUCCUCAUUAUAAUAAUGAUAAUCAAGAUGAUGAUGAACAUUGUUGUGAAGAAUGUCCAUUAAAUAAUGAUGUUCCAUGUGAUAAUAAUAAUGAGGUAUUUAAUACAAACAUAACUACUAACCAGACUGCUGAUGAUAAUGAUGGUGAUGGUCAACAGUCAACUAACCACAACAACAGCGGCAGUAGCAGCGGCGGCGGCGGCGAAUCUACAAUUAUCAAUAUGCUAAAUAGCGAUCAAUCACUACGUGUAUUAUUUUAUCCAUUGAAAUUUUCCUGUUCUUCUUCUUUUCUAACUACAUCGAAUAAUCCGAACCGUCAACCAUCAUCAUCAUCAUCAUCACAACAGGUUAAAGGACAUAGACGUAGUUUAUCAUUACGACAACAAUUCGAAUAUGGUUAUGAUUAUAUCCGCUCGGAAUGGGAACAAGCACGUGAAUUGGCUGGUAAAACAGUGGAACAAGCAACGAAAACUGUUAGUCAAGCAACGGGUGCCGUAUGGAAAGUUUGCCAUUUUAAUAUGUUACCAAAUUGGAUGCAAGAUAAUGAAUAUCUACAUACCGGGCAUCGUCCACCAUUGCCUACAUUUUGGGCCUGUAUUAAAUCAAUAUUUCGUUUGCAUACGGAAACUGGAAACAUUUGGACACAUGGUAUUGGUGCCCUGUUGUUCGUAGGACUUUUUAUCUAUGAAUUUGUAACGAUAAGCGCACAUAAAACAGCUGUUGAUCGAUUGAUGUUGACAAUUUAUUUUUGUGGCAUUAUCAUGUGUUUGCUAUUCUCAUGUAUGUUUCAUACAUUCAGCUGUUAUGCAUCACCUAAAGUUAUAAAGAUUUUCUCGAAACUAGAUUAUUGUGGCAUAUCAAUCCAAAUUAUUGGAUCAAUGACACCAGCACUUUAUUAUGGAUUCUAUGAAGAUCUGAAUAUGUUUAAACUAUACAUUUCAUUUGGUGUGGUAUUAUGUAUCUUAUCGAUAGCCGUUUCAUUGUGGGAUAAAUUUGGUGAACCACAAUAUCGUGGUUUUCGUGCUAUGGUUUUUCUAUGUUUCGGUCUAUCGAAUGUUAUUCCUGGUGUACAUUGGUAUCUCAUAUUGGAUUCACGUCUAUUAACUGCUUAUUAUCUAUUCAUAUUACAAGGAGCAUUAUAUGUAAUUGGAUCAUUAUUAUAUGCUAAUCGUAUACCAGAAAGAUUAUUCCCCGGAAAAUGUGAUUAUAUGUUUCAAUCACAUCAAAUAUUUCAUGUUCUUGUUGUAUUGGCCGCAUUUGUACAUCUGAAUGGUAUUAAUCUAAUGGCUGAAUCACGGUUACAUAAUCAUCAUAAUCUAAUGCAAAACCAUUCUGAUGUCCUGGUAUCAACAACAUCUGAAAAAAAAAUGGAUACCUAUCAUUCAAGUGAAUUACAUGAUGCACGUACUAGUUUAUCAUUUCAUCGUUCUAGUGAUACAACGGUGGUACAUCGAUUAGAUUCAAUUGGCCACCACCAUCAUGAUCAUAGAUCAUCAUCGGAUUCAUUUACAAUAGAAUUACAACAAACCAUUUCCAUAGCUGAACGUACAAUGAUUGAAACAUAUGAACGGAAAUAUCUCCAGGAACUUAAUAAUUUUGAACGUUUAUCAUCAAUUUAUAAUAGCUAUCUAUUAUUACAUUAUCUUGUUUGUCGGGAUCAAAAUUUAUUACAACGUAUGGGUAGAAAACGACAACAACGACGACAAGGAGAACGAGGACGAACAAAAACUAAAUCUAAAUCGAAACAUAGAAAAAAUCGUAAUCGAAAACAUAAUCAUCGACGUCGAUGAUAUAUUCAUAUCACUAGCAUAGAUUAAUAUCUUGGUUUGAUAAAAUAAACGUUCAUUUGACUUUGA